AUGAGGCGAAUCGACUCCCCGCUCCGCUACGACUACCGCUCCGCUACAGACUCCCCGCUCGCUGCGACACCCCGGAUCAGCUACAAUUUCCUGCACCAGCUCCCUGCGACUAACAGCACUGGGCACCGCUACGACUCCCGCACCGCGCGCCGCUACGAUGCCACCGCUUGCUACAACUCCUGCCCCGUGCGCUUCUACGACUCCGCCGCUCCGCUAGACUCCCAGCACACGACUACGACUCCCGGCACAGAGCUUCUGAUUCCCCAUACAGCGCAAACUCGCGGGUUUCCCCUUCCCGUGACUCCCUGCGUGACUCGCCCGCUCGCAGGUGGCGCCCGCCGCCGGCCAUGA